AUGGUUUCGGCUUUCCCGGUAAACAGGCAAACCUUUGUUGGGUUGAUCGCCUUCCUCUUCUUCCUGUGGACGCUGUCGACUUUUACCCAUUCAACGUCUACAACGCCAACACAUGUCACAGGAAACCAGCAGAGCCAACCGGACAGAAAGCCUGCGGACACACCCGACUACAGCUCGACAGAUAAGUCUAGGCCAGGCGCGGACAUCUCUCGGCCAGAACAGCCACCCCAAUAUUCACUCCCGCCAUGGUACGAGAACGAUAAGGAGAAAGCAGCGAGCGAGGCUUCCAAAACGUCGCCCAAUGUUGCACAACAUUCCACGAGCGCAGGUACAACAAAAGCUGGGAGCAAGAGCGAGCAUGCCGCAGCGUCAACCAAACCAGAAUCGUCCUCGCUCUCGAAAGCACACGACAGGCCUCUGAUCCUCUAUGCGUUCGCCGAAUCCGACGCCGCCCGCGAGAACCUCAAAUUCUUCGUCAACCAGGGCCUGCAUGAUGCCGCUGACUUCAUCUUCAUCCUCAACGGAGAGACGAACGUGACCGACACGAUUCCGGAGAAGAGCAACAUCAAAGUCAUUAGCCGUCCCAACACAUGCUUCGACCUCGGCGCGUAUGGCGAAGUCCUCCGUAAAGAUGACUUAUACAAGAAGUACAAGCGCUUCAUCACCAUGAACGCGAGUAUCCGUGGCCCGUUUCUUCCUCACUGGGCGCAAUCAUGCUGGAGUGACCUGUACCUCGGGCGUCUUACAAAUGAGGUCAAGUCCAUGAUCUGGGCCACGGACGAAACGGGCAUCGAUCUGCUCCUAAAUCCACCUCCGGGCUCCUCCGUAAAGGACCAGUUUGGCACCGAAAACGAUCCGGUUGGUUUGGGCGGCUGCUAUGACGGCUGGAACCAAGCCGUGCAUGCCGAGAUUGGCGCCACCAGCACGUUCUUGAAGCAAGGGUACAAGGUGGACCUGAUGAUGACGGCAUUUCAUAAGUCGAAGAAAUACAUCGAAGAGUGUGAUUCGUCGCAGAAUGGCGACGUCCUCUGGAACGGGAAGUACUUUGGGACGAAUGUCCAUCCUUACGAGACCAUCUUCAUCAAAGCCAACCGAGACAUCGACCCUACGCUCAUCGAACACCUGACGGCGUGGCAGCAAGCAUCGGGUUAUGACAGUUACUCGGCUUGCAAGGCAAGCUCAUGA